AUGUCUGGGAGCCCGACGGAAGAGUUGGAGGAGCCGCAGCCGUCUUCUCCGGAUUAUCCCGGGCGCCAGCAGCCAGGAGAUUCCACCCCGACCUUCUCAUCACCGCCAGCAUCUCCCUCGCUGAGCUUCCACUUUCUCGGCAGAUCCCCGUUUUCGCCUCUGCGACACCGGUCGUCCUCAGCACGGCUUCCAUCCCCAACUCCGCCAUCGCGGUCUGCGGACGAGCUGCUAGACGUUGCCCAGGAUAGCAAGGAUGUCUUGAUCCAGAGACUCAACGAUCUUGCCGCGAGACUCUCGGCUGAAGAUGAAGUGCAGGGGGACAGCGUGGAUUCCAUGCACGCCAAAGUGGACGAGCUGGAGCACGCCUUGGCUCAUGGUUGGGCAAAUGGAUCACAUCGGCAUAGGCGCAAUCAGUCGUCACUCAGCUUGAGUGCGGCGAGCGGUGAUUUGAGCUCUGGCACUCCUCGAUCUUCCUGGCUCAAGUCACGUCUUUCCGAAAUGACAUUGCCCAAGCCGACGCCAGAAAUGGAGCCGCCGAAAGAAGAAGCAGACAUUGAGCGCACUACAGAGGAAGACCAGCAAAGUGACGUGGACGCGAGGUCACAAUAUGCCGAUCAAAUUUUGGCGCAGGCUCAAAUGCUUCAGAGAUCCCUCGAAUCCAUUGUCGCCAAUUUGCAGGCCAGACAAGAGGAACAAGACCACAUACACGAUCUACUGAUUACUAGGGCCGAGCGUGCUGCUCAAAGAAUUAUUCACCUCGAGGAGCGAAUUAAUGAACUUGAGGCCGAACGUAACGAUGGCGAGAUGGAGGUCCUGAAUCUUCAGAUCCAGUUAAAGGCCAUCGAGGUGAGGUGUCUUGCAUAUGUGCCCAAGGAUGCCGAUCCGGACCUGCUCCAAAGCAUCGACACCUGGAAGGCCGAAUGGUCGGCUUUGAAACGAAAAAAGGCACGCAAAAAGAACGAUACUUCGGCGGACCACUUACCACAAACACCUCGAAGUUUUCGUCGUCAAGUGCUGAGAAGCCAGACUGUCGAAUGA